AUGGAUAAUGUGUCAUAUCCUGUGAUAUUGACUCUUAUGGUGCCAAAAGAAACUAUAUCAUAUAGGCAUGUAUAUUUUAUUUGUUUUCUUGUGUUAUACGUGCUUAUCUUGUCAUUUAAUAUUUGUCUUGUUAUGGUCAUUAUCAUGGAGAAAGCUCUUCAUGAACCAAUGUACAUAUUCUUGUGUCAUAUGUGUAUAAAUGCGGUUUAUGGAGCCUCAGGAUUCUACCCUAAAAUUUUGUCAGAUUUAAUAUUGGAUUCAUAUGUGAUCUCCCUUCAUAUGUGUGCUCUGCAAACCUAUGUUAUCUACAGCUCUUUAGUUUCUGAGAUCACAAUAUUAACAGUGAUGGCUUAUGAUAGAUAUGUAGCCAUAUGUAAACCUUUAGAUUAUCAUUCUAAAUUAACUAAAAACACCUGUGUGAAAUUAAUUCUGUUCUCAUGGAUUGUCCCCAACAGCUUUGGUGUUACAGCAGCCUUGUUAUCAAACUUGAGGCCUAUUUGCAAAUAUCACAUUGACAAAUUAUAUUGUGACAACUGGUCAAUUGUAAAACUGUCUUGUCUGUCAACCUUUGUUAACAAUGUCUUUGGAUAUGCCAUGACUGUCACAUUUGUUAGCUUUAUAGUUUUUAUAAUAGUGUCCUACUUUAAACUGAUCUCUGCAUGUAAAGCAUCUUUAGAAAACAGAAGGAAAUUCUGGCAAACAUGUUUACCACAUAUAUUAUCACUGGUGAAUUUCACUUCUGCUUAUUUAUUUGACAUCAUGUAUAGUAGAUAUGGUUCAAAUGACAUUUCAGAGAGUUUGCGUAAUUUUUUGGCUCUAGAACUACUGAUAGUCCCACCUGUGUUUAAUCCUCUGAUCUAUGGGUUAAAUAUAAGAGCAGUGCGCUCAAGAGUUUUCACUUUAUGCGUGUCAUGUGCAUCAAGAGACUAUUUUUCAAAAAAGGUCCACAACUUAUCUAAAACUGAUACAAGAAGAAAAGAUAAAAAGACUUUAGAUAGAUUUAGAAAUGUGACACUGUAAAAAUACAUUAUUGAAUACAUUUAUUAAAUGUAGAAAUGAAUUACAACUCUAACACCCUUUUUAAUCUUUAUUGUACAUGAGGUCUACCCUUCACAGAUAGUAUUUCU